AUGGUCUCUCCAAACGAAUACUUCCCUGUCGCACUGGUUGGCAUUUCCGUAGAGCUCCCAAGUGGUCCUCAUGGAACAAGCAACCUUGACUAUCAAUCGUUCUUCGACUUCCUCAUGAACGAGCACCAAGCCUACGAGAGAAUCCCGGCCGAUAGAUUCAAUACAGAUGCUCUUCAGGGAGUGAAUAUCGGUGAAGUGGCCACCGCACAUGGCGCAUUCUUGAAAAAUCUAGAUUUAUUCGAUCCUAUCGAAUUCGGAAUCAGUAGCAAAGACACUAGGAUGAUGACGAUUGGAACGCGAAAGCUCAUUGAGCUGUCUUUCAUGGCCUUGUUGGACUCUGGAAUUGACUAUCGAGGAAGAAAUAUCGGGACUUACAUGUCGAGCGUCGCCCAUGACGUUUGGAUGAUUUCCGGCGAGUAUGAUACUGAAGCCCGCGGUUUAUUGGCAGGUUCCCCUGCAAUGAUCGCCAAUCGUGUGUCAUACCACCUGGACCUACGCGGACCUUCCAUCCCCAUCGACAAUGCUUGCAGCUCUAGUCUUUCUGCCUUCCAUCUCGCUAUUCAGGCCGCAAAGAUUUCUUUUCAGCAGUUUAUGGAUUGGCUAACGUACAGUCAAGCUGGGAUACUUGCACCAGAUGGCAAAUGUAAACCCUUCGACGUCUCUGCUAAUGGAUUUUCUCGGGGAGAGGGUGCUGUCGUUGUGGUUAUUAAACCGCUUGACAAGGCGCUCCUAGAUCAUGACCACAUAUAUGCUACUGUUCUAGGCACCGGCAUCAAUUCAUCUGGUUCAUUGGCUCCUGCAAACUCUCCUGUAGCCUUUGCUCAAAGGGAUGCAAUGCUGAGAGCCUUCAAGCGAGCUGGCCGCCAGCCACACGAAGUUGAUUUCGUCGAGCUUCAUGCCACAGGCAAGUUCCUGAAUCUAGGCCGUGGAGUUAUUCAAACGUGUAUGACUCUAGGGACUGCUUCCGGCGAUCCAACGGAAGCAAACUGGGUUGGAGAGAGCUUCUUGAAAAAUGAUAACAGGGAGCUCCUUAUAGGUAGUGUGAAAGGAAACAUAGGUCACCUCGAAAUUACAGCGUUUCUUGCGUCACUGCAAGGAAUCAUCCCUCCCGAUGUCAAUCUCCUCAACCCUAAUCCGGCGAUUCGUUGGGAAGACUUCCAUCUUCGCGUCGUCUCAUCACCAACAACGUUGCCUUGUCAAUCUGCUACUGGACGCUCUCCGAUCUCGUUGGCGGGCUCUGGAAUCGGCGGUGCUAAUGGUCACUGUGUUGUCGAGGGUCCUCCUACAACCAAUCCUGUAAUACCGUUCUGGCAGUCAGAUGUCAUUAGUCCACCUUGCCUUUUGGUGGCGGGCGGCCUUUCUCCGCGUUCAACAGUUGCCGUAGGAGAAUCUAUACGGGCCAUAGACAGUCAAACAUUACCUUCUGUAGCAGCGACCCUAGGACGUCGGUCCAGGUCUACGCCUUGGCGUUCUUAUGCGGUUACUUCGUCGAAUUCUCCUCCUCGUUUUACCGAGCCGGUUCUUGCUCCUCGCACUCCCCCACUCGUGUUUGUGUUUUCGGGACAAGGUCCUCAGCAUUUUGAAAUGGGCAGAGAGUUUUUCAGCUCAUGCACUGUCAUCAAUAGGAGCAUACUUGAAAUGGACGAAGUACACAAGCGUACAACUGGAUUUUCACUCAUCGCACAGACCGGUCUUUUCACUCAACAAGCUCCUUUCGCAGAAGCACUUGGCGACAUCUGGCCUAUUUCGGUGACUCUUCCUGCUCUAACCAUGCUUCAAAUCGCAAUCUUCAACUCUCUUGCGAGUCUUGGAAUGAAGCCUGAUGCGGUCGUGGGUCACUCUGCAGGAGAGACCGCAUUAUUAUGCGCAUCUGGAGCAGGUUCCAAAGCCAUGGCUGUGGAGCUCGCAAUUGCGCGUGGGCGGGUUUUGACAAACGUCGAAGGCGCAAUGGCGGCAGUUGCAUGCUCCCCUGAACAAGCCCAGAAAAUCAUAUCACAGAUAUGCGCCGAACAGGGAAAGGUCGAUAUGGAUAUUGGCUGCUAUAAUACUCCCGACUCCAUCACGCUAUCGGGAUCAUCUGUGGAUAUCAACCUAGCAGUCCAGCGCGCAAAGGCUGCGGGAUUUUUGGCAAAGCGACUCAAUACCACCAUUCCUGUGAAUUCCAAAUUGAUGGAAGCUUGUCGUGACGAAUUUAUGCGACUGGUAACGUUUAAUCCCACUUGGGUUCCUAACAUCAUGCAAUCCUUCAUAUACGUGGAAAACUGCGCCCUGGCCCACCUCUGCUAUGAAGCACGUCUCCUCGAAACUGCAAGAGGAGGAUCCAAUUCCGACCUCGGUGGGCAGGCGUUUACUGUCACAGAUACUGGUCCGCCAAUCACAUAUGGCGAUGUCCACGUUGGGUUGACGACACUGGCUCCCGAGACUAUUUUCAAAGAGAUGUCGCCCACCCUUAUGCUUGUCAUAUCGCACAUCAUAGAGGUCCUUGUCCUCGCGCGCGCGUUCUUGUCAAUGUCUUCGUCGCCUGUGCGACGCGCACUUGCACAUUUUAUACCCAACAUCGUUGGAGAUACAGUUAAUCUGCAACCAUCUUUGUUCGCGCUCGUGUCUGUGCAUGUCAUUUUUGGUGAUUCCCGAGCUCGAUUGUCGCUGAAAAGGGUGGACUGGGCUAUCAUGGGCCGUUCACGACUUUGGAGGGGACUUGCAGGACAGCUGAGAAGCACUUCAGAGCUGGCGAAAACGGGGAAGAGAGAUCACACUCCGGUGGUGUUGGUUUAG